AUGGUGGUGCAAUUUAGUCACCCACUUCUUUCUUGCAGGGCAUUACACGAGAAAGACAAGAGGCCAAAGGGGGGCUUAACCCGGAAUCAAUUUUUUCUCGUUGCCUUUAUUUGUAGCUUUGCUUACUAUGUCCUUCCAGGCUACCUGUUCUCAAGGCUAACGUCCCUAUCUUGGAUUUGCUGGAUAUUCCCCGCUUCAAUCUUGGCCAAUCAGCUAGGUUCAGGACUUCGUGGUCUCGGUGUUGGCGCGUUUGGAUUUGAUUGGUCCAGCAUAUCCUCUUACCUCGACAGCCCACUUGCCAGUCCAUGGUUUGCCACUGCAAACGUGGCCGUUGGGUUUGCCCUUAUGCUCUAUGUCAUUGUCCCUGCUGCUUAUUGGCUCAAUCUCUACAAGGCCAAAACGUUUCCCAUUUUCUCAGAUGGCCUUUUCACGUCUAAUGGACAAAACUACAAUGUCACAGCAAUAACAGACUCAAAAUUCCACCUCGAUUUGGACGCGUAUGAACGCCAGGGCCCUCUCCAUUUGAGCACAUUAUUUGCUAUUGCAUAUGGUUUGAAUUUUGCCUGCCUUACUGCCACUAUUGUUCACGUUAUCCUCUUCAAUGGGAGACAAAUGCGAGAGCUAACCAAGUCAGCAUUCCAAGAGAAAAAGAUGGAUGUGCAUACAAGACUCAUGAGAAAUUAUGAACAAGUUCCUCAAUGGUGGUUCAUGUCUAUCCUUUUUGUUAACAUAGUAGCGACCAUAUUUACAUGCCAGUAUUACAAUGGCCAACUGCAAUUGCCAUGGUGGGGCAUUUUGCUGGCAUGUGGUUUAGCCAUGUUUUUCACUCUUCCUGUUGGCGUCAUCAAAGCCACAACUAAUCAGACGCCAGGCUUGAAUGUAAUCACAGAGUAUAUCAUUGGAUAUAUAUACCCGGGAUAUCCCGUUGCUAACAUGUGCUUCAAGGUUUAUGGCUACAUAAGUAUGAAGCAGGGGAUUGCAUUUUUGCAAGACUUCAAGCUCGGCCAUUACAUGAAGAUUCCUCCCAGAUCAAUGUUCAUGGCACAGGUAGUGGGUACUAUCAUAUCAGCAUUUGGGCAUUUAGGGACAGCGUGGUGGCUUAUGGACACAAUCCCAGACAUAUGCGACAGGGCGUCGCUUCCAGCAGAUAGCCCCUGGACGUGUCCCGGUGACCAUGUCUUCUACGACGCAUCCGUCAUCUGGGGUCUGGUCGGGCCUCGCAGAAUCUUUGGAGAUCUUGGGUAUUACUCUUCCAUCAACUGGUUUUUCUUGGUUGGUGCAAUAGCUCCCGUGCUAGUUUGGCUUGCACACAAGGCCUUCCCUAACAAGCAUUGGAUUGGACUCGUCAACAUGCCCGUGAUCUUUGGGGCUAUAAGCAACAUGCCCCCAGCCACUGCAGUAAACUACACCAGUUGGGUUCUUAUCGGAUUUGCCUCCGGUUUUGUUGCUUACAGGUACCACCGCGGCUGGUGGAGUCGCCACAACUAUGUGCUGUCCGGCGCACUUGAUGCUGGAUUAGCCUUCAUGGGGGUGUUGCUUUACUUGUGUUUGGGAAUGGAACAUGUAGGCCUCAAAUGGUGGGGAAAUGACUCGGAGGGUUGUCCCUUGGCUUCUUGCCCAACCCAACAAGGGGUUGUGGUUAAAGGAUGCCCACUUGUAUGAACAAUUAGGGAAUUGAUAUGUUUCAAUUUGUUGUAUUUAUCUACGUUAUUCUUCCACUGUAAACAGCUGUAUAUAGUUCAUGCAUGGUAUAAUUUGAAAUAUAUAAACGACAAUCAUAAUAGCCCUUUCCUUGGUCCUUGA